CACUUCCAGCCACCUGACUAAGAAGUGACAUUUAAAUCUUUCUCCUGUCCCUGUUAUCUGAUUUGCAGGAAUCCAAGACUUAAGCAACCAUGUCCAGCUCCAGCGAGGUAGAGCUCCUACACACAUUUAAGGGGAUUCCCUUUACCACCAGGUCUUCUCCAGAACUUUUAAAAUCCUUGGAUAGUUUUGAUGCUAGAGAAGAUGAUGUUCUUUUGGUUUCCUAUCCCAAAUCUGGCACUCACUGGCUUGCAGGAGUUAUAACAAAGCUUUACAAUACUCAAGUCACAAUAACAUCUCCCAUUGAAUUUGGAGACAUUUCCCGACUGGAGGAGCUGGAUAAACUCUCAUCAAAGAGAAUCAUCCCAACACACUUAGACUACAACAUGUUGCCUCCAAAUUUUAAGAAUAAGAAAUGCAAGAUGAUCUACAUCAGCAGAAAUCCAAAAGACACUGCAGUUUCCAUGUUUCAUUACUACAGAGAUAACCCAAACCUUCCCACUGUAGACAGCUGGACUGCUUUCUUUGACAUGUUCUUAAAAGGCAAUGUUGUCUGUGGAUCCUGGUUUGAUCAUUUCCUAAGCUGGGAAGAACAUGAAGAUGAGAAAAACAUCCUCUUUUUGUUCUAUGAAGACAUGAAGAAGGAUCUCCCUAAGGUUGUAAAGGAAAUUACGAUGUUCCUGAAUUUAAAUGUCAGUGACAAUGAUAUCCAAGACAUCUGCAAGAAGUCCUCAUUCUCAGAGAUGAAGAAUGACACAGAAAAGGAGAACAGCGAUCCCAGUCACACCGUGUGUGCUCUGACAUCCAACAGGAAGCUGAUUUUCCGAAAAGGUGCUGUUGGUGAUUGGAAGAACUACUUCACUCCAAAGCAGAAUAUUAGGUUUCAGGAGAUAUUUAAUGAGAAAAUGAAACUCAGCAAAAUGGCAGAUAGUUUCAUCUAUGAGUGCUGAGUCUCUGUGAAGAACAAUAUCCAGUUAUCAACAAGCAUGCACAGACCAGUUGGUGGGAAGUUCUGAAUGGAUGCUCCCAUCAGUUUAUAAUGCUUCCAAGAGGAAGGAUUAUAAACAUGGGUUCUUGAGAACAGGAAAGUUCUGACCCAGUGCCAGAGCUCAACUAACUUCUCAGAGGGCAGGUGUACAUGGUUUCACAGAGUCAGGUGUCAGACCUUGGCUUGACAACCAAAUCUACUUCAUCAUUUAUUUAUUUUCUUUGCUCCAAGGGGAUAUGAACAGACUUCAUAAACCUGAAUAAGGAAUUUACCCAAGAUAAUAUGAAGAGAAAAACAAAAAAGAAACUUGCAAGGAACUGAAUGUAUAAGAAAUCUAAAAACAUGUCAUAAGAAAAUUACCAAAAAUUUGAUCCCAGACUUGUUCCUCCUGUGAUACACCAUGAUUCGGAAGUGCCUAUCUUAUUGGACAUUGCUAUUGAUAAUUAAGUUGAAAACUGCAGCAUUUGAAGAUCUGAAGUCUCUUUACAAACGUGUUUCCUUUUUUUUUUCUUUUCUUUUCUAACAGUGUCUAGUUCUUUGAUGUAACUUAUUUCUGGAUUAGGUACCAGAGUCUUUGUGUUUUAAAUGCAACUGAUACAAAUCCAAAUAAACUUCAGCACCACAUGUUGAGCAACCGUAAA